GAUAUUCUGAGAUGACUUUGCUGCGGUGAUUCUGAUUGGAGUCGCUCCUCUGAAGUGGGAGAACUCCGCUCCUUCCCAGAACUUAAUAAAUACUACACGAACAAACAAAGGAGAUCUCGAGGGGGGAGAAACAGAAGCAGAGAGGCUGAACAGAGCAUUCUUAAAGUCUCCCUUUUUCUAGGCCGUGUGAAGGAGAAGGAGAAGGAGAAGAAGGAGAAGAUGGUUUAUGAUCGCGAUAAAAGGGACCUCCCGACUCGCGCAGCUCAAAACGGGGCCGACGCCGUUGACUCGGGCCACGCCCGUCUGAACGAGCUCGGCUACAAGCAGGAGCUCAAGCGCGACCUCUCGGUGAUAUCGAAUUUCGCGUUCUCGUUCUCGAUUGUAUCGGUGCUCACCGGCAUAAACACGCUCUUCGGCAAUGGGCUACGGUACGGCGGGACGGCCUCGAUGGUCUACGGGUGGUUCGUCGCUGGUUUUUUCACCAUGUUCGUCGGGUCGUCCAUGGCUGAAAUCUGUUCAGCUUACCCGACCUCCGGGGGCCUCUAUUACUGGAGCGCCAAGCUCGCAGGCCGGAAUUGGGCACCGUUCGCCUCUUGGUUGACUGGCUGGUUCAAUAUUGUUGGUCAGUGGGCAAUCACAGCUAGCAUAGAUUUUUCUCUGGCACAGUUGAUUCAGGUUAUUAUUCUCCUAAGCACUGGUGGCAAAAAUGGCGGCGGAUACGAGGCAUCGAAAUAUGUUGUUAUUGGUUUCCAUGGGGGAAUAUUGCUCCUUCACGCUAUUAUAAACAGUCUUCCUAUUUCGGUUUUAUCUUUCUUUGGACAGCUUGCUGCUGCUUGGAAUCUUGUAGGUGUUGUUGUUCUCAUGAUUCUCAUCCCCUGUGUUGCAAAGGAAAGGGCUAGUGCCAAGUUUGUUUUCACUUACUUCAACACUGAUAAUGGGGAAGGCAUUGACAGCAAACCCUAUAUAUUUGUUCUCGGACUUCUGAUGAGUCAGUAUCCACUUACUGGGUAUGAUGCAUCUGCUCACAUGACAGAGGAAACCAAGAAUGCUGAUAAGAAUGGUCCGAAAGGAAUUAUUAGUUCUAUCGGGAUAUCUAUCAUUUUUGGAUGGGGUUACCUAGUAGGCAUCACCUUUGCAGUGACAAACAUCGCCUAUCUCCUAAGCGAUGAGAACGAUGCUGCUGGUUAUGCUAUUGCGGAAAUAUUCUAUUUAGUAUUCAAAAGCAGAUUCGGCAGUGGAGUUGGGGGUAUAAUUUGCCUAGGGGUGGUGGCUGUUGCCAUAUUUUUCUGUGGCAUGAGUUCAGUCACCAGCAAUUCCAGGAUGGCUUAUGCAUUUUCUAGAGAUGGAGCGAUGCCAUUGUCAUCUCUGUGGCAUCGAGUGAAUAAGCACGAGGUCCCGAUAAAUGCAGUUUGGCUCUCCGUUUUUAUAUCCUUUUGCAUGGCGCUGACCUCUCUUGGGAGCAUUGUAGCUUUUGACGCAAUGGUGUCCAUAGCGACAAUCGGGUUGUACAUUGCUUAUGCCCUCCCAAUUUUCUUCAGGGUGACAUUGGCUCGCAAGUCCUUUGUCCCGGGGCCAUUCAACUUGGGACGAUAUGGGGUGUUAGUUGGAUGGACUGCAGUCCUCUGGGUGGCGACCAUCUCGGUUCUCUUCUCGUUGCCUGUGGCCUACCCCAUCACAAAAGAGACACUCAAUUAUACUCCCGUUGCAGUUGGUGGCUUGCUCAUUCUUACGGUUUGUUCCUGGGUCUUCAGCGCUCGGCAUUGGUUUAGAGGUCCCAUAACCAAUAUAGAUACUUGAAUUCAGUGUACUAGUUGCACACGAUGUGCAGAAACGU